AUGUUCUGGACUAUCGGUUGCAUCUAUGGUGCCUCCUCCGUGGCAUUGGGCGCUUUCGGAGCUCAUGGAUUAAAGAAGCGGAUUGCUGACCCUUCCAAACUCGCAAAUUGGUCAACUGCUGCUCAAUAUCAGUUAAUUCAUAGCGGCGUCCUCCUGCUGGCUUCUUCCGUGGCGCCCAAGAACAGAGCUGCUGCCAUAUUAUUCACUGCAGGGAUGACUAUGUUUAGCGGCAGUCUGUAUCUGCUGGUUCUUGAUCCUCAGCGGUUCAGAGCCUUGGGUCCGGUGACACCCUUGGGAGGGUUGUGCUUGAUCGCCGGGUGGGGUGCUCUUGCUCUAGGAGGCAAGGGAAGGCUGAUCCGGUAG